GGCUCGAGAUUUCUACGUUGCAGUCUCGUGCUAGGGCCAUCUGAGGUGCAAUUCCAUCCCGUUUAACGAAGUCCAGAAGUCACGAAAAUGAAGCUCGUAUUGGUGGCAGCCGCAGUUGGCAUCGUCACCUCCAGCAAACUCAGGUCUUUGGAGUCGCAAGGCCUGGAGAGUGCCUAUGCGGCAUUCUUGGAGCAGCACAGCCUGCGCCGGGCCGGGGACGCGGUGUCCCACUCCGAGCGGCUGGCGGCCUUCGCCCGGAGCCGCGCCCGGGUGGCGGCGCAGAACCGGCGCGCGGAGCGCUCUUGGACAGCGGGCUUGAAUCGCUUUGCUGACCACACCCCCGAGGAGUUCAGCCGCUUGUUGGGCUUCAAGCGCAUGGGCGCGUGGUGGAACACCACCGGCAGCUUCCUGCAGACCUCCGCGGCCUUUGCGGAGUCCAUCGACUGGGCCGCCAAGACCACCACCGGCGCGUACUUCAUCGACCAGGGCGCGUGUGGGUCUUGCUGGGCUGUCGCAGCUACCGGUGCGCUGGAGAUGCGAGCAGAGAUUGCGCACAAGAAGGCUCCCAGCAUGCUUUCCUACAAGGAGCUGCUCGAUUGCGUGCCCAAUCCUCACCACUGCGGUGGCGACGGCGGCUGCUCCGGGGCCACUGGGGAGCUGGCCUUCCAAUACGUGGCCCAGCACGGGCUUUCCGCGAGGAAGUCUUACCAUGGCGAUGUGGAAGCAACAGAGAGCUGCAGACCCGACAUGCGCUCAGCUGUCGUGAAAGCAAACAGCUUUGUGCGGCUACCAAUCAACAAGCUGCAGCCCCUGAUGAUGGCCAUCCAGGAGGGCCCUGUGGUGGUCUCUGUGGAUGGCGAGCCUUGGAGCAACUACGAGUCUGGCGUCUUCGACGGCUGCAAGAGGGAUUCCACGGUGAACCACGCUGUGCUUUUGGUUGGCUAUGGCCGUGAUGCACAGGUGGGCAAGGACUACUGGCUAGUUCGAAACUCCUGGGGUUCGUGGUGGGGAGAGAAGGGCUUCAUCCGUGUCCAGCGUCACUCCUCAGAUGAAGGCGAAGAGGGCUACUGUGGCACAGACUAUGACCCCAAGCAAGGCGUUGGCUGCGACGGAGGUCCCUCAACCUUGCCUGUCUGUGGCAUGUGCGGCAUCCUGUCCGACUCAGUCUACCCGGAUGGGGUGACCGCCUUUUAGAGCGGAAGCUCCGGAAGCGCGGGUUUCCUGCAGUGAGGCGGCCCAAAGUGAGAGGCAGUGGCACCAUGGCGCUCGCCAAAACAGGCGGCGCCUUUUCCGCCAUCGCUGAAUUUGGAGCGAUGGGCCUGCAGCUUGGCCCAAGGGAUGAGGCCGGUGGCAUUGCCACUGGCUGCUUGGGCUGGCAAUAUAGCAGGCCCGCUGCCAGACUUGGCGCCUCAGGAAGUUGAAGCCACGAGCUUCCAGG